CUACAAUUACCAAGAAAUUAACUAUUUUUUUUUUUUAAAUUUACUUUAAAUUUUUAAGUUAACAAAUUAUUGUUAACUCAGGUGUAUUCAGUAUUGACUUCUAUCACUUGUAUUGGAUUUUUGUAACUUGUAAUAAUUUACACAGUCACUAAAAAUGUCUUCUCGUACAUUUGAAUGGAACUGGUCAGUAUUAUAAUUUGUUAUGUAAUUACCUAUACAAAAUCAUAAAUAUUGUUUGUAUCCUUAAUUCAAAUAAAAUAUAAGUAGCUAUAUUCACAAUCUUUGACACUGGUUUUACAAUUUAUAAAUGAUUAUGCUGCAAAUAUUGAUUAUCCUGUAUUCCUGCUUUAGCAAUCAUUUUAAAUUAUUAAUUUCGAUUAGAUAACUAAAUAAUAAUGAUUCAAUAAUAUUUUACUUAUAUAAAUUCGGUACUUUAUUUUUAUUUCUAUCAAAUCUCUAUUGUAUUAUUAUAUUCAAUAACAUUAGACUAAAAAUAUGAUUGAAUCAUAUUAGAUACCUAUAUAAUUUAUAUGUAAUAAAAAAAAAAACCUACUUAUUAUCUUACAAACUAAACCAAUACAACGAAAAUUAUAUUUUUUUUUUUAAUCAUCAAAAAGAUUGUUAUAAAACAUACAAGUAAUAAUUAAUUUGGACUUUGGAUAAUAGGUAUAUAAGAUUUUAUCCACAGAUAAAAGAGUUACAUAUCCUUAUAUAAUAUGCAGUAUUAUUAUCUAAGUAAAUAUCUGUGGUUUUUUUAAAUUAAAUAAUAUUGAUUUUUCCUCAAAAUCCGGAACAUAUUAGUGUACCAACAUUUAUUUUUGAGAGACCGGUAUAACAAGUCAAAAAUCAGGGACAGCCCUAGUUUUUCUAGACAUAUGGCAAUCCUAGGUUAUUAUCAAAAAUAUAUCAAACUUUAAUUUUAAUUUAUUUUUAAUUUAACAGGUGUAGUAAGCCAAUAAUGAACUACAAUAAACGUAAAAAAGCUUGUAUAUUGGAAAAAUGUGGUCACAAUCAUCCACUGAAAUCGUUAACUUCUACUAUGGUAUGUAAUAGGUAGCUAUAUAAUUUUUCCUAAAAAUGUAUUCAAAUAAAAAACUCAAGUUUUGUAAGUUAUUAUAAGAUAACAAAAUAUUAGUAAUUUUGCAUAAACUAUGAUUAUUGUGGUGGUUAAACAUGAACACAAAUUGAUCGGCUUACUGUUUUAGACGUUUAAAAGACAUUUAGAGUUUCUGGUUUAAUAUUAUUUUUGUAUUUUAAACGUGUGAAAUACUUAGUCUACAUUUCAUAGUUUACAUAAUCCCAAACAUCGUCUAUGGUGAUUAAUGGUGCCGACAAACCCAAAUGUCACUUUUAGAAAUAAGUAUUGCAUAAUAUGUAAAUUACAUAUAAAUUGAAGUUUAACAUUAGAAUAGUAUGUGAUUAGUUCUAUAUGGUUUUUGGUGUAAAAUAAGCAUAAUUUUAUAAUUUAAUUUUACUUUUGCACUUUUUUUUUAUCACUUCAUUUCUCCAUAUAUCUUCUUUUUCUAUUUUUAUUGCAAUCUCAUUUUUUUAUUUAAAAUUUAUAUUUUAUUUUGUUAAUUCUGUAGAAUUUAUUCAUAAUUAACUUUAUUUAUUGUAUUAUAUUAAAUUUUAUUUUUCAGGUAGCCAAUAAAAACUUUAAUGAUCCUCUAACGUGUAAUAUUACUCAUGGAGAUGAUCCUCUUAGUCGACCUGCUCAAUUAAUCCCAACUGAUUUUGAUGAAAUAGAUUAUAAUUAUUAUGACAAUAUUCCAUCUUGGUCUCAUUGUAAACAAAAUAUAUUGAACAGUUACACAACAUCUGAAAAGCUAUCAUUCCACUCGUGUAAGUAUGAAUUCAAUAUAAUAACGACAAUGUGUUGAGGAAUUAAAUUAGUGUUUUAUUAUUAUUAUUAUUUUAGUUUCAAAAACUAUACAAAGCGCUACUAUUCGAUCACGUUUAGAAGAAUUGGAAGAAUUCGAUGAUCAAAUGGAAUAUUCAGAAAAAGAACUUUACGAUUUAACACAGCAAGAGUUUGUGUCGCAUAUGGAUUACUUGGGUAAAGAAAUUUUAGAAGCAUGGAACAAUGAACAAAGAGUGAAAGCGUUGAAAAUAGUUAUACAGGUUUUAUUGAUUAUAGGUGUUAUGCGUUACUAACUUAUCUGUAAAAUUCCAUAUAUUUUUUUCAGUGUACUAAAAUUCUGAGCUUCACUUUGCCAUUACAAUUUUAUCCAAGUAAAUUUGUUUUAGUAACAGAUCUUUUAGAUUUGUUUGGGGACCUAGUAUUCAAGAGGCUAAAAUCUAAAUCAGAAAUAAUCGAGUAAGAUUAAAAAUGAAUACAUUUAUGCAUUAUAAUAUUAAGUAUAUGUAUGUAUUUUAAAAUUAAUCAAUUACAAUUAUUAUGAUUAAGAGGCCAGGUGUUAAAGCUUCCAGAUCAAUUUACUCCAAAUAUAGUGCCAGAGACAGCAAAAGAAACAUGUCGAAAUUGGUUUUUUAAAAUUGCAUCGAUUCGUGAAUUGAUACCACGGUUAUACAUUGAAGCCGCCAUUUUACGCAGUUACUGUUUCAUCAACCCAGAGUUAGUAUGUUAAGUAAAUAAUACUAAACUUUUAUUAAUAAUUUUUUUUUUUUUUUAUUAAUCCACCUGAAAGCUUUUAUUAUAACAAUCAAAGAUCUUUAACAAUGCAUUUCAAUGGUGUACAUAAAUACACAUAUUAAUAAUUAUAUAUAAUUUUUUUAGAGAACAAAAUAAUGCUUUGUUAAGAUUAAUAAAAAUGGUUCGAGGUAUAGGCAAUCCAUUAGUGGCAUGGUAUGCACGUUGUUAUUUGUGCAGAAUUGGAGUUUCUAUAAAUUUAAAUGUAAAUUAUUUUGAAGCAAGUUUCAAAGAUAUUUUAUUGACGUAUAGACAGGUAAACUAUCAAAAAUAUAAAAAGCAAAGCAGUGUUAAUAACAAUUAUGGUUCCUUAUUUCUCAAAGUUAAACAGUAAAUAUGUUUGCAAAGAAAUUCAAUCUCAAAAUAUGAGUAUGGACAAAUUUCUUCAAUUGUUAUGCCCAACUUUAGAAUGGAUAGUAAAGGGAUUGAGUGCUGGUAAAGAUACGCAUAUGCUCGAUGAGAUUGUCAGGUGGUGUACAUUACAGAACCAACAGUAAGUAAUAUUAGCUUGUUUAUGUAAUUUUACCAUACUAGUGAAAAUUAUUAUUAUUAUAUUAAUAAUAGAAAUUAUUUUCAGUGGGCUUCUGAUCAACACUGUAGUGAGUACGUUUCCUGGAAAUUAUCUUGCGAUGAAAGCUGAAUAUCUUAUUAAUUUGGUAGCCAAAUGGGAAUAUGAUGGUUUGUAUUUAAAUAAGUAUAAUUUAGUUUUAAAAUCCAAUUUUGAAACAUGAUUUUAUUAAUUAUUAGCAAUUUUUAAAUUAAUUUUUUUUUUCUUAGAAAUUAAAUUAAUAAUACAUCAAAUAACUGUACCAAAUGUUGCAUACAUUCAUGGUUAAUAAAAUAAUAUUUGAAUUACUUAUUAUAUUAAUUAAUAUAAAUGGUUGUUGUUUGUUUUGUUUUAAUUAAAUUAUAUAGUAUUUUAAUUUGGAUAAUGUAAUAGUUAUUUUUAAAUUGUUCUGUUUGAGUUUCACUUAGAUUUUGGCAAACAAACAUAACGUGUUACUAAUCUCAUUAGGUUACACAGUUCUAUGUUCAUUGUUUAAACUUGAGUUUAGUUUAAUUUUGUAUGAAAAUAAAUAAUCUAAGGUUUACUUAUUUUACUUAGGGUUUUAAACUUAAUCAUAAUAUGGUGGAUAUUUCAUUUAUACUAAAAAAUAGUUUUUUUUUUCCGAACAGUUUUUCCACAAACCUUAGUUAUACAAAAUCUUGGAACAAGCCUAAGAGGUCAUAUGGUACCAAAUGCACAAAAUGUAUUAAGAGAAGCCUGGAAAAUUGUGACAAAAGUUAAAGACUCUGAAAAAUAUAUGGCAUGUGCUGAGGCUUGGAUAUACUUCAUUGUUAAGCAUUUCAAGGUAAAUAAAUUCCCAAGCGUUUUCCUUAUACCAACUCAAUUUAUAUCUAUUGUGAAGUUUAAAACCAAAGAUCGCAUUAAUCAAUUUGAAUACCAAUUUGAAAAAAACAAUAUUUUUCAUAAAAUAAACUUAAAUGUAUUAAUUUUAGGUAAAAUAUGAUAAAUAAAUUAUAUCAUAUUGCUUCUUUUUUUUUUUUAUUAAAUCUAAUAUUCUAUUAUUUUUAUUACAUAAGUAAUUAUAAAAUGUAUUUUUGAAAAUCAUUAAAUACAUUUUCAAGUUAUAUUUUAAUAAACUUUUAAAUGUUUUGAAAAAAAUCUUUGUGCAUUUUGAUAUUAUAAGGCCCAUUAUCACCAACCUAAAUGUUAAUUUUUAAAUGGAGUUUAUAAGAUAAUCAACCACUUGUGGUCGGUUAUCAGCCAUAAACACAGUUUAAGAAUCAGAUAAACGCUUUUUUUUACAUUAGUGAAAAUGACCCUUAAACUACCAGUCCAAAUUAUACUAAAGUUAACUUGUACUUUUACCUACCAGCAGUUUAAUUAUUUAUAAAAAUAAAUAAAUGCAUAUUAUGCAUAUACAUUAUAAUCUUGCAACAACUGAGCUAUUAAAUUUCUAGUGUUACUGAGUAUUUAGACUAAUUUUCUAUAUUUUUAUUUAACAGAUAGUUUUUUGUUGAUUGUAUGAAAACUAGGUACUGUUAAUAUAUUGUUUAACCCUCCAUUGGUCGCUCUAAAGAUAUCGCUUGAUUAGACACACAGUAUUUAUGAUAUGUAACUAUGGAAAAUAACUUCUCUAUUACAAAUUAUAAAAUAUUUAUGUUAGAUAUUUAUACAUCAAAAUUAUUUGUAUAUGUAAAUUAGGUAUUAUGAAUUACAAAACAAAACUACAAUGUAAACCUAUUUAUUGAUCAUAAUUACAAAGCUACCGGUCUUAGACAGUUAAGCAACCAACAGAGGGUUAAACUGAGUACUUAUUAUACUUUAAAUUUAAAUUAUUGUUUUAUUAUUUUUUAAUUUAUGUAUCACAAAAUGUGUACCAUCCCAAUACUUUGCUUUUUCUACUGUACAUUUACAAUAGUUGUAUUGCUAUUAGAAUAAAGAAAUCAGUGUCUUCAUAAAUGAUAUAACAAGGCACUUGAGUAAUCGUGUGGGAAUAGAAAGAUUUCACUCUCAACUUCACAACAUCUUACAACACCUGCUAAAUUACAUAGAAGAUUUUGAGAACACAUUUCACAUGGUAAUUUUCCUAGUAGCUGUAAAUUUGAAUAAAAUACUGAUAAAAAAUUUGGCACAGAAUUAUUUAUUACCAUACUUGGAUAUGUUUGGAUCAGACACAAAUAAAGCAGCUAGUUGUAAGAUUGUGUUGGAAGCAUACAGAACACGAGGCGAGAAUGUCAUAUUAAGUGACCCUGUAAUCAACGACUGUUUUAUGUACAUGUGCAAGAUCUUACAUGAUUCUGUAGAGUAUGUGAUAUUUUUAAUUUAUCCAAUAAAGGAAAUAUAAUUUAAAUUAUUAUAAUUUUGUUUAUUUAGUUCGUUGACUGUAGAUGAUGAAGUACGUCAGAUUGGCCGUUUGAUAGCCUGUUUUAUUUUCCGCGUUGAUUAUGGCAAUGAUUUGGAGAAAUAUUUGGAUUUCUAUAUGGAAGCCCGAGGAACAUUUAUUAGAUUAGAUUAUGUGCAGUCUGCAUUAGUACAAGUAAGAUUGUAUUACAUUACAUUCAUGUUACAGUUAAAUACUUAUUUAAUUUAACAAAUAAUUAUAACAAUUAAUCAUUUUUAUUUCUAUCAGCCCAUUGACGAGUUAUUCUACUUUUAAGUUUGAAUAGGGGAAAGUAGUAGAGCAUUAUUUAAACUCUGCAUGACAUAUUGCCAUACAAAUGAUGAUCCACUACUUUUUCUACCCAAACAUAAAACUAAAAUAUCUCAUAAAUUUCAACACCAAAAUGUAUUCAAACUAUAAUUCAUCUAUUUAUGGAAUUUUUAAUAUAAUGAAAACAUUUGUAUGUAAAUUUAUAUUUUAUGAUAUAAACCCCCCCCCCAUACAUGGUCAGUCAUGAAUGACAUUCAACGUGAUUGACAGUUAUGACUGAUCGUGUAUGUAUGUGAAUGAUAAUGACUAACAAUCAAAUUUCAUGACUGAUAGAAUUUAAACAUGUUUGAAUUUUUAUCAUCACUCAAGAUGAUUGACCUUCAUAACUGACCAUGUAUGUCUAUGAAUGUACAAUUUAUCAGCCAACCAAGUCGAAUUGUGUGGAGCGGUCGUGUAUUUUUGUUUUUUGUAAAUUUUAUAUCUUCGUCCAAAAAUGGCAAAUAAAUUAAAUAAAGAAGAAUUUUGGAGUUAAUUUAUACGUUUAUAUAGUAGUUUACCUGCUACGUGGAAAAUUAAAAGUGAUUUGUACAAAAGUAAAAUUUUGAAACAAAAAUGCUAUGUACAAUUAACUAAUAAAUUAAAAGAAAUUGAUUCAACAGCUGACAUAAAUACAACUAAAAAAAAAUCAAUAUAUUGAGUUAAAAAAAAAUUCUGUAGUCAGAAGGAGAAGAUAGUUGAAGUUAAUCUAGAAGAUUAUGAUGAGAAAACGUGUUUCUUUUUUUGAACCAUUCUUUCAUCUAAAAUCUUUUUUUCUCUUGGUUUUUUUAAUUUUAUCACGCACAAGGUAUAUAGCAAUACCAAUAAUACCUUCUUCAUUCAUUUUAAUGCAAAAUUUAACAUAUAUAAAAAUAUUUUUUUUCAAUAAAUUGAAAUUGAAUGACAAUAACACGAUACGCCACACUUUCAACAGUAAUCAAAUGACUGAAUAUUGUCAGUCUUGAUUGACCAUAUAUGGUAAUUAUCAAUUGUCAAUCAUGUUGAUUGUCAUUCAUGACUAACCGUGUAUGGGGGCUUAACAGGUAAAAAACUAUAAACCGAACUAUUCUCCUAAUAUUUCACUUCAAAAUUCUUUAUACUAAUUUUACAGAGAACCACUACUUUACUAUAAAAAAUCAGGAAUUAUUUAUUUUAUAAAAUAUUUUGUACUAUAUUAAUGUCAUAUAUAAAAAAUGUAAGAGACUCAAAAAUAGAUGAAAAUGUACCACUUUUUAUUAAACUUUAUCCCAUUUGAGGCGUGAGAAUGGGUUAACUUAUGAUACUUACACAUAACUAAUAUUAUUUUUUCAUUACGUCAAAUAAAAUUUUAAACUAGUUGGUAAAAAAUGUAUAAGAAAAAAAUUGACCUCUAUAGCUAAUAAUCACAUACCUUUUUAAAUUUUUUCAAGUGUGUCAACAAGCUGAUGACAUUGUACUCGUCCAAGUCACAGUCGCCUGUGAAAAACUCUUUUGCGCAUGCUUGUUCUGCUUACUGUUACAUUACCAUUCCAUCUAUCAGUUCGCCACUCGACAAACUACGAUUGUACAUUCUAACUGGACAAACUUCGCUGUUGAAUGGAUGUCUUGGACAGGGUAUGUUGAAUACCAUUACUUAACAAUCACCCUCUCCCACCUAUUAUAAUUAUAGUGUGAUUCUCAAUAUUUAUAAACCAUUGUACAAUAGAUUAAGUUCAAUUUAUCUAAAUCUAAAAUAUUUUUUCUUAAAUAAUGAAUAUUUUUGAGUUGAAAUAAUAUCAAUAAUAUAAUUUCUAUAGGUGACUGCAAGUCUUAGAUUCUCAGUGGAGCGAAAAAAGCUUAUGGUUUUACAAAGAUGUUUAUUUUUUUUUUCUGUGGACAACUUUUCUAACAGAGAUCUUGCAACAAUUUUUAAUUGUAGCACCAUAUCUGAAAGGAAAUCAGACCGAAGAGAUACUUUUUUUAAAGGAAUUUUUUUUUUACUUUUCUCAGGAGUUUUCUCAUCAAUUAUGAAAAACCGAAAAAAAAAAUGGGAAAAUCUACGAAGUUUAAAUACCAAGUAAAAUAUUUCUAUUUUUUUUUCUGUAGACAAUUUUUCUACCAGCAAUUUUGCAAUGAUUUACAAGGAUAGCACUUUUUCUGGAAGGACAUUUAACUGGGAAGGUACUUUAAGGAGAUAAUUUUUCAAUUUUCUCAGCAAAUGUGAUAGCAAGGGAAAAUGAGAAAAUCGGAUCAAUAUUAAACAAAUAUUAUAUAAUGCCUAUUAAAUAAUGUUACUAUAAUAUGACAUAUAUAUAUUGUUGGUAAAGCAUCACUAUCAACUGAACUCCGUUCGGAAUAGUUAACAAAUUAUAAUUUAUUUAUUAAAAAAAAAAAAACUUUUGUUUUUUGUAAUUUAAUUAAAAAUAACCGUAAGGUUGGAAUUCUCAUAGAAUUAUAUAUGUUACCCUUUUCUAUACGUGAUAACACUUGUUAUGUUGGCGAUUUUUGAGCUAUUCUAUAGUUUUUAUUUGGUGGAUAUUUAUGUGAAUAAAACUGUUUGUCCAAACAAUGUGGUAAUAUUUUUACAUCAGAGUUUUGAUUUCAAAUUUUUAUGAUAAUUAAAGCAUUUCAAAACAGUUAUAACCAAACUCAGAAUCUUUUUUUGUUAGCAAAGGUUUAUCUUUGCUUAUACAUGUAAAUUAAAUAGCUUUAUGUAUCCUACCUUAACAAAUUUCUACUUACUAAAUCACACCGAUCCCUAGUUAUUAUUUUUUUUUUUCUAAAAGUGAAGUACUAAUCUUUUGCCUAUUGUAUUGACCAACUUAGUUAUCUGAAAACGCUUUGAAUUUGUUAUUAAGCCUACUUUUCUACCUUUAUGAAAUUGAACCCUUAAGAAACUAUUCAAAAUUCUAUUUGUUUAAGAAUUUUAAAAAAAAGUGGUAAAUUUGUCUUCAAGUAAAUUUCAUAGUGAAUUCAUGUCUGAUUACUAAGGUAUUCGGUAUGAUUGGCAUAAUUUAGCUCUAUUUUGAUAAAAAAAACACUGAUCUCGAAUCGCCCUAAAUUAAAGAAAGUUUAAUAAUACUUUUAUUGACAUUAUUUUUGAUACUCACAAAAAAAAUGAUGCUAUAUCAAUAUUUACCGAAUGUCAUUUAUAAUUUCAGCGGAUGCGUGCUUCAAGGCAGCGUCGGUUGCCAUCAAAGACUUUCCGGCCACAUUAGAAAUUGACGGUUGCGAAAUUAAUACUGAACCCAUACUUGUGUCGUAUGUCAAGCAAAUGCUAUCUAUUCUGCUUGUUGUGCCAGUACAGUGACAUUUAUAAAUUAAAUUUCUCUUUUAUAAUCUCUAUUAUAUGUUGAGCUUAAAAAAAAUAUUGUUUGCAGCUAAUUGCAAAUAUAAUAUAAAUCCAUAUUUAACUGAAAUUAUUAUUAAUGUUGUAUUAUCAAUACCUACUUAAAUUAAAAACAUCAUAAGAAAAACUACAAUUAAAAAUUGACUAACCAAAAUUAGCAGCACAAAUAUAUUUAAUAUAUCCGUGGUUAUUACAAAUUAUCUCAUCAAUGUUCAAUUCUCCUAAGAUACUAUACAGCAGGAGUGGCUAACAGGUUAAUUGUGACUCCCUUCUGUAUUUUCUUGAAUUUUUUUCAGAAAACAAAUAAAAAAUUAUUUUUAUAAAUUUGUGUAUCUACCAUUAUGUACCUGUAGUAUAAAAAUUAGAUUAAUAACAAUUAAUAAUUGAUAAAGGCAAUAAAUAACAUAAAGAAAUUGAUAUUAUACACCAAACAUAUUUAACUGAUAUGUAUUCUGAAGAUAGUUUGAGAUUGUCAUUGAUCCCAGAUUUUGUGUAUCACAUUAAAUAAUUUAACAUAUCCUAUCAAAUAAUCAAAUAUAUUAAAAUACGUGUUGUGUAUAACUGUUUCUUAUUAAUAUUAAAAAAAAAAAAAACUGAGUAGCACUCAUGUAUAUAAAAUAUAUUUUUGUUUAUUGAUAACUUUAUUUUUUUUGGUCAAUCACAACAACCUUGAAAAACAGAAGUCGAUUAAGAGUUUAUUAAAGUUGGCCAUUUCUGCUAUACAAGAUCCAAUACUAUUAUUAUGAUAAUUUAUCUGAUCAUUAUAAAAGAAUCAUUCUAUAUAUUAUUUCAUCGUUCAUUCCAUUAUUCAUUUUAAAACUAUAUUACCAAAAAUAAUCUUUCUAUGAUUACUUAAUUUUUUUUUUUCAUUCUCUAGUGCCCUUGGUCAAGUUUCGUAUGCAUAUUAUUUUAUUACUGGUCUUGCAAUUAUCCUCAUAUAACCUUAUCUUAGAUAUUUUUUAUUAGUUUUUGCUUUAAACAUUUGGAGAUAAUUCAUAAUUUUGUCUGUGUCCACAGGACUGUCCCGACCAAGAGGUAAUGCACCAGGUAAGGGUGUUGAUAAACUCCGUCCGGCAAUAUCCGUGGACUGACCCUGCGCAACCACAUUUGAUCUACUUGCAUGUGUUAGACAUGCUAGCGACUGCCACUCUGGACACAUACCCUUACGGCAUACCAGACGGCAAGUAGUUUUACACAAUAUUAUAAUAUUGAGAAAAAAAUAUACAUAUAUAUAUUUAUACAUAAAUGAUUAAUUAAAAAUUUAUUUUGGGGUGUAAUGUAUAGUGGACUCUAAUGAUAUUCUUUACGGCCGUGAUCCACAGUUCAUCACUGAUGUAGACUCUAUGUGCACUGUGCUGCUGGACAAUUUGCUCGAACGAUUGAAAAGUCUUGCAGAACAACCAAACUACCAGGUAACAAUGAUGCAAUUCAACAAUUGAUAAUCAGAAAAUACCAAAUAAUGAUAUGAGGAUAGUGGGUGUAUGUAACCACGAUGUGGGGGAUUAGGUCAAGUGUAAGUUAAAGACUAGGGCGUCUAACAUUUAGUCAGGAUGAAGUACAAGAAUGUUAUUUUUUGGAUUCUACAGCUGCUCUAUAAAUAAUAAACAUUUGUUUUAAACACAUUCAUGCUUUUGUAGGCUGAACUAGCAUUUAAUUUAUUUGUACACGUUGUCGUCCGAGCUGAUUUAAACGAAACACAAAUGGCCACAUUAGCCCUGAACCUAUGGAAAUUGUCUAUGAAAAACAUAAACACGAAUAAGGUAUAAACUUAGGAAAACUUGAUUUUUGUAUAAAAGCUACCAAUCUGUUGUUUAUACUACAGGAAAAAGUGAUAACCUACAUCAAGGACUAUUGUGAAAAUGAAGAUUACCAAAUAUAUAGUAAAUUCUUGCAGAAAGUCAUGGCCAGUAUAUCGAAUGUUGCAGUCCAAUGAACAAAACCAUGUGUGUAAAAUAAAAAUUUCACAUUUUAUUAGGUACACAUUUGUUUUGUAUUUUUUACUAUUUAAUUAUUAUAUAAUAUAAUAACAAAUUGUUAUGAAACAUAUUUUAUAGUCUAAAAUUAAUUUCAAAUACAUCACAGUAAGUUUAAUAAAAUAACAAUUAAAUUAAAUAAUUAUUAAUUACAAUUGUUUUACAAUUAAUAAAUAAUAUAAAAAUACUUUAUACAUGGGAUUUAAAAAGCGAAAAAUAAAUUUUAAUUUUAAGAUCUAAUAUAUCAGUCUUUGUUGGCAAAUUAAAUAAUAUUAUCAUCUAGUAAAGGUUAAGAUCGUAGUUCAUGAUUUUUACAUAGUUUCUCACUUUUAAAUUUAAUAGCGGGUUACACCAACCGUCAAUACGUCCCAAAUGUUGCAGUUUCAAACACUUGUCAAUGAAACUUGUGAUACUCAAAUAUUCGGUCUAUAUAAAAGAAGAAA